UUCUCAACCUGUGCGGUGGUGAGCGUUUGGUGCUAGCCGAACCUCAUCCUCGGUCGUGGGACUAUGCAGACUGUGCUCUAUCUGUUCCCGCAGUUAAACCUGUCAGCUCCAAAGGAGGAACCUUACAGGAUUAUCAAACCACAGAAUCAAGAGGGGAAAAUGGAGAAUAAAAACAGGGGUAAAGACAAGUGGCAUCGACUGAGUCUCAUCCUGCAGAAAGCAGACUCGCGUGAAAUCUUAGCACCACUGCUCAGCAAACCUGAAAAAAACAACAUUUAUCUUGAUGAACCUUCAAAAUGGGGUGAAUGUCUGCACAAGCUUUUAACACAUAAAACUGGCUUGGCGCUUUUUCGAGCAUUUUUACAAUCGGAGCACAGCGAGGAAAACAUUGAAUUCUGGUUAGCUUGUGAAAACUACAGGAAAACUAAGACACUCGCAAAGCUGUCUUCUAAGGCAAAGAAAAUCUAUUCUGAUUUCAUCAGUACGGAUGCUCCAAAAGAGGUGAACAUUGACUUCCAUACUAAAGAAGUGACGAAGAAAAACAUUGCGCGGCCGACCCUGUCUUGCUUUGACUUGGCGCAGAAGAAGGUGUACAGUCUGAUGGAGAAAGACUCUUAUCCCAGGUUCUUGAAGUCACAGCUCUACAGAGAAUUACUUCAGCAGUCGGGCGUUCAGAGCACUGGGCACAGACCGCGAUCUCACUCAUUUACAUCAAUGGGUGUCCUUCAGACACAGGCAGACUUCAGUGCCUGGCUCUAAUUGGAUGGAAAAUUCCUUUCUUUGUUAGCAAUUCUGUCAGUGAUGACAUUCCAGGACAACAAGUCUGGUUACUUUGUGUUGCCUAAAACGCUGAUCACCUGCAGUAACUUUAGGUCAUGUGUUGGACCAUUCACAAGACAUUUUAAUGAAUUGCGAUUUUAUUUAAAUAAAUGCCCUGUUAAUUUAAUGAAGUCUAUGAGGUGGUACUCAUUGUAAAUCUAUGUGUAAAUUAUUUGGGUUUCAAAGUGUGAACGUAUUUAAUAUUUGUAUAAUUACUUGACUUUGUGUGUGUUAUUUUGUAGAAUAGUGAAGGAAGAACCACUGAAGUAAUUAAUU